AUGUCUGUCCCUACUGAGCAGAAAGUUUGGAUCCUUGCCAACCCUCCCGCGGCUGAGCUCCUCCCGGACACCUUUUCGCUUGAGACUCGUCCCCUUCCCGACCUCCAGGAGGGCGAUGUCCUCAUCCAGGUGGAGUACCUCUCCAACGACCCGGCUCAGCGCGGUUGGAUGCAGAAGGAUGUCGACCCCAAGCGUCUCUAUGUCCCUCCCGUUUACAAGGGUGACGCCAUCCGUGCGACCGGUAUUGCUCGCGUCUUGAAGUCCAAGUCCGCCAAGUACCCCGAGGGUUCGCGCGUCACCGGUUCGUUCGCUUGGUACGACUAUGCGGUCGUCAACGAGAGCAAGAUCACUGGCGCUGCCAUCGAGCUCCCCAACAAGCCUUACGCGAGCCUCUCGGUCUUUGGCAUGACCUCUGUCACCGCCUACCAGGGCAUCUUCGACGUGCUCGACGUCAAGCCCGAGCACACGGUCAUUGUUAGCGGAGCUGCUGGUGCCGUGGGCUCCACUGCUGUCCAGUUUGCUAAGAACGUCAUUGGCGCCAAGCGUGUCGUCGGUAUCGCCGGUGGCGCUGCCAAGUGCGCCUGGGUCAAGCAGCUCGGUGCCGACGAGUGCGUCGACUACAAGGACCCCAACUUUGCUGCCAACCUGAAGGCUGCUCUCAACGGCGAGUUCGCUGACAGGGUUUUCGAGAACGUUGGUGGCGAUGUCCUCAACGCGACCCUCCCUCUUGUCAAGCGCUUUGGCAAGAUUGCCUUCUGCGGCAUGAUUUCGGCCUACAACGGCGAGAACCCCAACGUGUCCAACCUCUUUGAGAUUAUCACCAACCGCAUCACCCUCCAGGGUUUCAUUGUUAUCGACUUCCUCGGCAAGUGGGCCAGCGCUGUUCAGAACGUUGCCGGCUGGAUCAAGGAGGGCAAGGUUGCCAUCGACGACGUCGAGACCGUCGUUUCCGCUACCAUUGAGGAUGUCCCCGAGAAGUACAAGCUCCUCUUCACGGGCAGCAACCGCGGCAAGCUCGUCACCGCCCUGGUGGCCAAGACCUCGUCGCUUUAG